AUGGGAGAUCAGAAGGAAUCACUGCGUAAGAUCACCACUACCCUGGCCCUGAAGAAUGAUGAGAUCACAAACUUCAUCUGCUGUCUGAAACAGAGCCUGGAGAACCUGGAGGGGAACUCCAGCCAUGUCCAGGAGGACCUGGAGACAGAGUUCAGCUCCCUCCACUCAGUACUGGAUGAGCUGAAAGACAGUAUGGUCACCAGGAUCAAACAGGAGAGGGCCAGCCGCACCUAUGAGCUACAGAGUCAGCUGAGUGCGUGCUCCAAAGCCCUGGAGAGCUCUGAGGAGCUUUUGGAGAUAGCCAAUCAGACUCUCUGCUCCUCGGAAGCAGACGACUUCACUCAGGCGGCCAAAGACAUUAAGGAUAGUGUGACAAUGGCCCCUGCCUUCCGUUUGUCGCUGAAAGCCAAAGCCAGUGACAGCAUGAGUCACAUGAUGGUGGACUUCACCCAAGAGCGCGAGAUGCUGCAGGCAAUCAAGUUCCUCCCAGUACCUGCCACCCCAGAGAUUCUGGUGUCAGAGUGCCAGGUCUGUGACAACACGGUGACAGUACAGUGGGCUCUGCCGGAGCCUGACACCAAGAUAGAUCACUAUGACCUGGAGCAUCGCCGCACCAACUACGAGGGGCCGCCCCGCGCCCGGGAGGACUACCCCUGGAUGGUGGUGGAGGGCAUUCGAGAGACAGAGUACACCCUUACAGGGCUUCGCUUUGACACACGUUACAUGACGUUCCGUGUGAAGGCGUGUAACAAGGCUGUGGCAGGAGAGUUCUCUGAGCUUGUAACACUGGAGACACAUGCGUUCCUGUUCAAGCUGGAUGCAGGCUCGUCCCAUCAAAACCUGAAAGUGGAGGACCUCAGUGUGGAGUGGGACAGCUGUGGGGGGAAGGUCGUCCAGGACAUCCGCAAGGACAAGAACAGAACCAACCAAUCUCCCAUGCACUCCCCAGCCAGGACGGCCAUGAAUUCACCGAAGAGAGUGCCGUCUGCUCGGGUCGGCAGAGACAGAUUCACGGCUGAGUCCUACACUGUACUGGGAGACACCUUUAUCGACGCAGGCCAGCAGUACUGGGAGGUGCGGUUCGAUAAGGAGAGCAAGGCGUUCGCUGUAGGCUUGGCCCUGCGGAACCUGGGCCGCUUUGACCAGCUGGGGAAGAGCAACUCCUCUUGGUGCAUCCACCUUAACAACUGGCUGCACCAGAGCCUCACAGCCAAGCACAACAACAAGGCCCGCACCCUGGACUGUCCCAUCCCGGACCGCAUAGGGGUCUACUGCAACUACGAGGAGGGUGCACUGUCCUUCUACAACGCCAGAACCAAGACGCUGAUGCACACCUUUAGAACCAAGUUCACUCAGCCUGUCAUACCAGCCUUCUCGGUGUGGAAUGGGAGUUUCUCGGUGCAGACGGGUCUGCAGGUGCCCAGUGUGGUGCAGAGUGGCCAGAGGAAGAACAGUGGUACCAGCAGCUCCAACGCCAGCCUCACCUAG